AUGGUUCUGAGAGCAGUCGAAAAUGAUGCCUUCGAACGGGUUGGGUUUGUCCGUAUCUACCCAGAUCCCGGUGAGUACGAAUAUCCUUCUUCUGAGGAAAGUAGCGACGAGGAAAGCAACGACGAAGAAAGCAGCGAGGAAGGUGCCGAAGCCGCCAAAGACGACGAGGAUGGCGAAGAUGACGAAAGGAUGAAUGAAAGGGUUGAGGCCGAUCAUGUCGACAGCGAAGACGAGUCAAGCGGAAGUGAUAGCGAUGAUGUAGUGUCUUCCUUUGUUCACGCGUUACCGGUGCAAACUUUCAGAAUCAUCUGA